GGCCUCCCAGUCCUCUUAUCUGAUCCUGGGCGCCUAGCAGCGGAGAGCGCUGGAGAGGAGGAGGCAGCUCCGGGCGGCCGGGAGUGGGAGCCGGAGAGGGAACAGUAGAAGGAGCACGCGUUGGGGAGGGAGAGGGAGAGGGAGAGGCCAAUUAGACGGCGGGAAGCGAGCGAGACCACCGCGCCGCCCAGAACCAACUCACUGCGGAACUCGGAUCCUCCCUAGGCACUGAGAGGUCUCCAAACUAGGCUGAACUUUGCUCUGCACAGGACUGCUGCUGCAUUCCAUGUGAAAAGCAGGAAAUAAAAUGAAGAUUUUUCAGUGCAAGAUGCAGUUCUGGCUGUUUCCAGUUUUUUUGGCAAUUGCUUAUUUUUGCACCAUUGUCCAGGGUCAAGUCGCUCCACCCACAAGGUUAAGAUAUAGUGUAUUAUCUCAUGAUAGUAUACAGAUUUCAUGGAAGGCUCCAAGAGGGAAAUUUGGUGGAUACAAACUUCUUGUAACUCCAACUGCAGGUGGAAAAACCAAUCAAUUGAAUCUCCAGAACACUGCAACUAAAGCAAUUAUUCAAGGCCUUAUGCCAGACCAGAAUUACACAGUUCAAAUUAUUGCAUACAACAAAGACAAAGAAAGCAAGCCGGCCCAAGGUCAAUUCAGAAUUAAAGAUUUGGAAAAAAGAAAGGAACCAAAACCCAGAGUCAAGAUUGUGGACAAAGGAAAUGGGAAUAAACCAUCCCCACCAGAAGAAGUGAAAUUUUUCUGUGAAACUCCAGCUAUUGCUGAUAUUGUAAUCCUGGUGGAUGGUUCUUGGAGUAUUGGAAGAUUCAACUUCAGACUGAUUCGACUUUUCUUGGAAAACCUGGUUACAGCAUUCAAUGUGGGCGCACAGAAGACACGAAUUGGUCUUGCACAGUACAGCGGUGACCCCAGAAUAGAAUGGCACUUGAAUGCCUUUAACACAAAAGAUGAGGUGAUCGAAGCUGUCCGAAAUCUGCCAUACAAGGGUGGAAAUACACUAACAGGUCUUGCUUUGAACUACAUUUUUGAAAACAGCUUUAAACCAGAAGCUGGAGCAAGGACUGGAGUAUCCAAAAUUGGCAUUUUGAUCACAGAUGGAAAGUCCCAAGAUGAUAUUAUUCCACCAUCCAGACGCCUUCGUGAAUCUGGUGUAGAACUGUUUGCCAUAGGGGUGAAAAACGCGGAUGAGAACGAACUGCAGGAGAUCGCCUCUGAACCGGACAGCACCCAUGCGUACAACGUCGCUGAGUUUGACCUGAUGCACACCGUUGUGGAAAGCCUAACGAGGACGGUGUGCUCCAGGGUGGAGGAACAGCACAGGGAGAUCAAAGCCUUAGCCCUCACCACCAUUGGGCCACCUACGGAGUUGAUUACUUCUGAAGUCACUGCCAGAAGCUUUAUGGUUAACUGGACUCAUGCCCCAGGAAAAGUGGAAAAAUACAGAGUUGUGUAUUAUCCUGCCAGGGGUGGAAAACCAGAGGAGGUGGUGGUGAAUGGACGUGUAUCUUCUACAGUGUUGAAAAACUUGAUGUCUUUGACUGAAUAUCAGAUAACAGUCUUUGCAAUAUAUGCUCACACUGCCAGUGAAGGCCUACGGGGAACUGAAACAACACUUGCUUUACCCAUGGCUUCUGACCUUGAACUGUACGAUGUGACUGAGAACAGUCUAAGGGCAAAAUGGAACGCAGUGGCUGGAGCAUCAGGAUACCUGAUCCUCUAUGCCCCUCUCACAGAAGGUCUGGCUGGGGAUGAAAAAGAGAUGAAAAUUGGAGAGACCCACACAGAUAUUGAACUGCGUGGUCUGUUGCCCAAUACGGAAUACACAGUUACAGUUUAUGCUAUGUUUGGAGAAGAGGCCAGUGAUCCUGUUACAGGACAAGAAACAACAUUACCCUUAAGUCCACCCAGAAACCUGAGAAUCUCUAAUGUUGGCUCUAACAGUGCUCGGUUAGCCUGGGACCCAACUUCAAGAAAGAUCAGUGGUUAUCGAAUUGUAUAUAACAACGCAGAUGGGACUGAAAUCAAUGAGGUUGAAGUCGAUCCUGUUACCACAUUCCCUCUGAAGGGCUUGACAUCCCUCACGGAGUAUACUGUUGCCAUUUUCUCCAUUUAUGAUGAAGGGCAGUCAGAGCCUCUGACUGGAAUUUUUACCACAGAGGAAGUUCCAGCCCAACAAUACUUGGAAAUUGAUGAGGUGACGACAGAUAGUUUUAGAGUGACCUGGCACCCCCUUUCAGCUGACGAAGGGCAGCACAAGUUGAUGUGGAUUCCAGUCUAUGGUGGGAAGACCGAAGAAGUUGUCCUAAGAGAAGACCAAGACUCAUAUGUUAUUGAAGACCUGGAGCCCGGCACUGAGUAUGAAGUUUCACUGUUGGCUGUGCUGGACGAUGGAAGCGAGAGUGAGGUGGUGACUGCUGUUGGGACCACCCUUGAUGGUGUUUGGACAGAACCAGCCACAACCAUAGCACCUACCACACCUGUGACCUCAGUUUUCCGGACAGGAAUCAGAAACCUGGUUGUAAAUGACGAAACCCCUUCUAGCCUGCGGGUAAAAUGGGACAUUUCAGACAGCAGUGUGCGGGAGUUCAGGGUGACCUACCUGACUGCUCAAGGCGACCCUGCGGAAGAAGUGGUAGGAACGGUUAUGGUGCCUGGUAAUCAAAACAAUCUCCUUCUGAAGUCUCUGCUUUCCAAUACGGAAUACAAAGUCUCAGUGACUCCCAUCUAUGACGAUGGAGAUGGUGUCAGUGUCUCUGCCCCUGGAAAAACCUUGCCACCCUCCGGUCCCCAAAACUUCCGGGCCUCAGAAGAAUGGUAUAACAGGGUGCGCAUUACAUGGGAUCCCCCAUCUUCCCCUGUAAAGGGCUAUAGGAUUGUCUACAAACCUGUUAGUGUUGCCGGCCCCACACUGGAGACCUUCGUGGGAGCUGACAUCAACACCAUUCUCAUCACCAACCUGCUCAGCGGCAUGGACUACAGCGUGAAAGUAUUUGCCUCCCAGGUCUCGGGCUUCAGCGACGCGCUGACCGGCGCGGUGAAAACCCUGUUUUUGGGUGUGACCAAUCUUCAAGCAGACCAGAUUCAAAUGACCAGCUUGUGUCCUAAGUGGCAGAUCCACCGUCAUGCUACUGCCUACAGGAUAGUUCUAGAAUCUCUCCAGGAUAAAAAAAAGCAAGAAUCCAUUGUGGGUGGAGGGACAACCAGGCAUUGCUUUUAUGGACUUGAGCCUGAUUCAGAAUAUAAAAUCAGUGUUUACACGAAGCAUCAGGAGAUUGAGGGACCCAGUGUGAGCAUAAUGGAAAAAACACAAUCACCUCCUACUCAACCACCUACUUUUCCUCCAACCAUUCCACCGGCCAAAGAAGGAUACAGCAUUUUCGCAGUCGGUGUGGCAGAUGCGGAUUACUCGGAGCUGGUUAGCAUUGGCAGCAAGCCCAGCGCUCGGCACGUCUUCUUCGUGGAUGACUUUGACGCCUUUAAGAAAAUUGAAGAUGAGCUGAUUACUUUCGUCUGUGAAACUGCAUCAGCAACCUGCCCACUGGUGCACAAGGACGGCAUUGAUCUUGCAGGAUUUAAGAUGAUGGAAAUGUUUGGUUUGGUUGAAAAGGAUUUCUCCUCUGUGGAAGGGGUUUCUAUGGAGCCUGGUACCUUCAAUGUGUACCCCUGUUACCAACUUCAUAAAGAUGCCCUGGUUUCCCAGCCAACCAAGUAUUUGCAUCCAGAAGGAUUGCCCUCAGACUACACAAUCAGUUUUCUAUUCCGGAUUCUCCCAGACACACCAGAGGAGCCAUUUGCUUUUUGGGAGAUUUUGAAUAAGAAUUCUGACCCAUUGGUUGGAGUCAUUUUAGAUAAUGGUGGAAAAACCCUAACAUAUUUCAACUAUGACUAUAGUGGGGAUUUUCAAACGGCUACUUUUGACGGACCUGAAAUUAGGAAAAUUUUCUAUGGGAGCUUUCACAAGCUACACAUUGUUGUCAGCAAGACUUUGGCCAGAGUGGUGGUUGACUGCAAGCAAGUGGGUGAGAAGGCGAUAAAUGCUUCGGCUAAUGUCACAUCGGAUGGCGUAGAAGUCUUAGGGAGAAUGGUUAGAUCAAAAGGAUCAAAGGGAAACUCCGCACCAUUCCAGUUACAGAUGUUUGAUAUUGUUUGUUCCACGUCAUGGGCUGAUAGUGACAAAUGCUGUGAGCUUCCAGGCCUGAGGGAUGAGGAGACCUGCCCAGAACUGCCACAUUCCUGCUCCUGUUCUGAAAUCAAUAAAGGGGCUCUGGGACCAGCAGGCCCACCAGGUGGUCCCGGACUCCGAGGACCGAAGGGCCAACGAGGGGAUCAAGGCCCAAAGGGACCAGAAGGCCCUCGGGGUGAAACAGGCCCUGCAGGACCUCAGGGUCCCCCUGGGCCCCAGGGACCAAGUGGUCUGUCCAUCCAAGGAAUGCCUGGAAUGACAGGUGAAAAAGGAGAGAAAGGAGAUACUGGCCUUCCUGGCCCACAGGGUAUCCCGGGAGCUGUUGGUUCACCAGGACGCGAUGGCUCGCCAGGCCAGAGGGGCUUUCCUGGGAAGGACGGAUCCUCUGGCCCUCCAGGACCACCUGGGCCACUUGGUAUUCCCGGAGCCCCUGGAGUCCCGGGGAUAACAGGAAGCAUGGGGCCCCAAGGUGCCCUGGGACCACCUACUAUCCUCACCAGAAAAGAGAUUCCAGAACAUUCUCUCUGCUACCAGGCUUCUGUCUGCUUCCCAAAAUGUGCUCCUGGGAACAAGAGUUCCAGAACAAGUCAGCAGGGCUCAGAGAGCAAAGGGUUCUGUUUAAAGAAGCAUCCAGAGACAGUGUAUGCUAAAUCUGUUUCUCAGGAAGUCAUGAAAGAUUUUAGGACAUCAAAAGCUUUGAGGCAUCCUGAAGUGAAAGGUGACCUGCAGUCUCAGUCCAUGGUGAGAUCAGUGGCACGUCAGGUGUGUGAACAGCUCAUCCAGAGUCACAUGGCCAGAUACACAGCCAUCCUCAACCAGAUUCCCAGCCACUCCACAUCAAUCCGGACCAUCCAAGGGCCUCCUGGGGAGCCUGGGAGGCCGGGCUCCCCUGGCACCCCUGGUGAACAAGGACCCCCAGGCUCCCCGGGCUUCCCAGGAAAUGCAGGCGUGCCAGGGACCCCAGGAGAACGAGGUCUAACUGGUGUCAAGGGAGAAAAAGGAAAUCCAGGCACUGGAACCCAAGGCCCAAGAGGCCCCCCAGGGCCAGCAGGACCUUCAGGGGAGAGUCGGCCAGGAAGCCCUGGGCCUCCGGGAUCCCCCGGACCAAGGGGUCCACCAGGUCACCUGGGGGUCCCUGGACCACAAGGUCCUUCUGGCCAGCCUGGAUAUUGCGACCCCUCUUCGUGUUCUGCCUACGGCGUUGGAGCUCCCCAUCCUGAUCAGCCAGAAUUCACCCCUGUGCAAGACGAGCUAGAAGCCAUGGAGCUGUGGGGCUCUGGGAUCUAAUAGCCUCAGAAGACAUUUGGAGACCACCUAUAAGAACUCUUAGGGAGGCUCAGUCAAGAAGAAUGUCACUAUGUGGUUUGUAUGCUACCUUUUGGGGGCUUGUUUCAUCAGCCUAAAUCUUUUGCUUGGAUAUUGUUAUUAUUGUUAUUAUUAACAAGAAAUUAUAUUUUUUAAAAAAGCCCCUUAAUCUGUGCCACCAUAGGAUUGAUUUCUCAUUGUCAUUUUAAUGGCCCACCAGAUUAUUUGUUUUUCCAGAGAAGAGUGAUCAAAGGAAAACUGGCAAAAAAAUCUGACCUAUGUAAUCUUUUCUGUUAGAUGAUCUCAAGUCCUGAAAGGAAACAAGACAGAUAUGAUUGUAUUCAAGGGAAAUGGGAUCCUAGCAGAAGAGGAAUUCAGAGAUUCAAAGAUUAUGCAAUGUAUCCCUUUUCCUUAUAGCCUUGCUGAAAAGAAAAAGGGAUAUUAAUGGAGAAACUACCUCUUGCUUAAUUAAUCUGUUCAACUCUGAGAUCACUUGGUAACUGGUUUCACUGGUAUCAAAGAAUAUGUGUUAGAAUAUAACCUUUCUUAGGUUGGUGAUUUUAGAAAUAGACUUACUUUUUCAGUUGUUUUUCAUUAUAAAAGAACAACUUUCCACCAGUUCUCAUGCAAAGAGAUCCAAUUUUGAUGAAUGAUUUAUCCAGAAGUCCAAGUAUUCCAAGGCUUGCCCUCCUUAUCUACAUGGAUUACUUUGUACAUGCAGAUAAGUUUUUGCAAACCUGUUUUCAUUCUCUCUUGUGAGCAAAUAAAAUUUUAAAACAAUG